GUGUCAUGGCGCUGGUUAGCAGAGUUUGUGAAGAAUUUCGUUGUUCCACCAUUAAAUAAUUUGUCACAUUCUGUAACAACGUGGGACUGUUAUCACAUUGGAAGGAAACGAGAUACGUACGAAGGAAAGCGGAGCGACUGUUCCUGACCGCUGUUCGUGUGUUUAAUCUUCGUGUUUAUGUGGCCACGUGUUGAUGGAGUUUCGCUGAUGAGAUCAUUGAUACAAAGUGAAGAGAAGAUUGGAAAAAUUAUUGUGUCAUUGAAGUACAAGUCUUUAUUUGGUUGAACUUCUUCUAAACAACUUGUGGAAGAUUCUGAAGUGACAGUACAAGCCAGGCUGUUAAAAUGGCAGAUUCAGGCUCUGGCGAGCCUGGUGGCCAGCGCGUGCCCACUCCUGGAGGUAGCACAGUUGGACCACUGACCGGCCGCCGUCCAGUUGCUGCCUUUUCUUCUGGUCGUCUCCCUGCAAUGCGUUCUCGAGACCUCACCCUGGGAGGGGUGAAAAAGAAAACAUUUACACCCAACAUCAUUGGUCGAAAAGUCAAAGAAGAAGCCAAGGAGGGGAGUGGGCAAAGGAGAGAGAGGAGGGACAGCAACCGGAGGGGGCGAGGUCAGAGAGACAGGGGCAGAGGUCGAGGUCGGCCGGAGGUCAUCCAGUCCCACUCCAUUUUUGAACAGGGACCUGGAGAGGAAAUGAUGAAAAGGAAAGUGAGCUAUGAAAGUGAGAGAGAUGCUCCAAAUGUUGGCCCUUCACCCAUCAUCAAUAUUAAAAAGGAGAAAAGAGAGACUGAGGAAGAGACCAAAGAGAUACUGCGCAAGCUGGAGCGAGACAAUUUUGUUGAUGAUCCAUGCUUAAAGAGUGAGCAGAGGAGCUGCCCCGUCCAGCUCCCCCUGGCUGUGUCAGGAUGGGGAUUUAAGGAGGAAUUUAGCAAAGCUUCUGUUAAAAUUGAGAAGGUGGAAGAGGACUGCAGCUUUAUGAGGCCUGCAGCUGAAGUGAAACGAGAGCUAGAAGAAUCAGAAAUACCGGCUUCUUUCAAGCCUCCUCCACUUCCCGAGCCUGAUGUUCUUCCAGACCUUCUGAAUAGAGUCAUCCUGAGCAGUCAGGAGGAGCUCUUGUUUAUGCAGCUUCCUGACUCACUACCUGGGCAGCCCCCGACUAGAGAGCACAGACCAGUGAAAACGGAGGUGCAAUCAGAAGACGGGCAGUCCGUGCUUCUCAAGACAGAGUCACAGGAAGAACCUGAUGACAACAGCUGCAAUUUGAAAGAUCUGCGGGAAGGACUGAUAGGAAAGAUGCUCGUGCGGAAGUCUGGUCGAGUACAGCUCAUACUGGGACAAGUCAUACUUGAUGUCUCACUUGGAGCAUCCUGUUCUUUCCUUCAGGAGUUGGUCUCUGUUGGUACGGAUGGAAGAAGCGGUGACUUGACUGUAUUAGGACAUGUGAAACACAAGAUGGUUUGCUCCCCGGACUUUGAGGCUUUAUUGGAAAAUUCUACUUGAUGCUGUUUGCAGCAGGGGAGAAUCGAGCCUCGACCUUCUCUCUUCUCUCCUGGCCUGAUGGAGUUAAAUUAUGAAAGAUCAGUUGAAAUGCUGCUGAGUAACUGUGGAUUGUCCCACUAAAUUCUGACAAUCUAUUUCUAAUGUAUGUAUAGAUGAACCUUCUGUGUGGUUUGAGAGUUGAUAAAAUAACCUUUAGAAAUGCAUAUAUGUUUGAAAUGCCCUUUGUUU